ACUCUUAAGCAUCAACCCAACGCAGCAAUUACGCAGCUGCGCCUUCAGAAAUCGAAACUAACUCCAUAGAAAUUGGGCUCUUUUCUUGUGCCAUCAGGUCAUUCAUGAGUCAAGUUAGGUCGCACCUGUCGUAAACAAAAAGGAUCGUUUAAUCACAGCCAGACAGACGUUAUGGCACUGCGGGCGUGUGGAUUUAUCAUUUUUCGUCGUUUGGUACAACACCCUCCACCAGAUAAUAUCGAGUUUUUACUGCUGCAGACCUCCUAUGGGGAACACCACUGGACACCACCCAAAGGUCACGUUGACCCCGGAGAGGACGAUAUAACCACCGCCUUGAGAGAAACGCAGGAGGAAGCUGGUUUGAGUGAAGAUCAGCUGUGUAAGGUAGAUGGCUUCCUGCAGAAGUUGCAUUAUCAGGUACGGGGAAAAGACAAAGAGGUCCUCUACUGGUUGGCAGAACUCCGUGACCCAAACACGAGGGUCAUUCUGUCCGAUGAGCACCGGGACUAUCGCUGGGCCAGACUACAGGAGGCCUGCGAACUGGCGAAAUACAAAGAUUUAGAGGACACACUUCAAGCAGCACAACGGUAUCUAGAAACAAAAGGCAAACAGUAAC